AUUCGCCCACUUUCAUCAUAUCUCCCCCAGCAUUACUUGUUGGUCACUUCAAUCAGAGUCGCCCCAAUUCACAUUGAAGAGCACAAUCUGCCUAGACUUCAUCUUGUCUUCUGUUUCAGCUUCGACUGAUCGUGCCUUGUCAUCUGUUCCAUGGCCUUUAUCAAUCGCUGACAGGGCACUUUGGCUUCGGCCAGACCCCGCAGUUCCACGACACCGAAGAGACGGGGCAACGCAGGGAACUUGAGAACUUGCUCCCAGCGAACUGCCUUCUGUACCACAAUAUACUAAAUCUGAACCGACCUUGUCCUACCUCGCCAUGAGCACGUCAUAUGCGCUCCUGUCCUCUUGACCUCACAACAGCUCUCAAAGAAUGUCCUUUGAACGAGAUCCGGAACAAACUCCAGCUAUCUUGUCGCCCAACCAAUAUGCUAUCCCAACCGACGAUCCAUCCUCCUCCAGAAACUACAAUACAAUGCCUACGAGUCCUCCGAGAGACUCCCUCGUCGCCCGAUUACAGAUACAGUCGACACAAAUUCCGAAGGCGUGGAUCAGUCCAAUAUGCGGUGCUGGAGCAGGCUUCGCUUCGGGUAUCGUCACCUGCCCACUGGAUGUGAUAAAGACAAAAUUACAGGCACAAGGGGGCUUCCAGACGAGUUUCAAUAGAAACCCACAAGCAUCUCAUCAUCUCUACAGAGGCAUCGUGGGCACAGCUCGCGUGAUAUGGCGGGAAGAAGGGGUGCGCGGGAUGUACCGGGGUUUAGGCCCCAUGUUGCUGGGUUAUCUACCAACAUGGGCGGUCUAUCUGACCGUGUAUGAGAACACAAGAGAGUUUUGGUUUGAUCAGUGCGGAAGUUGGUGGGUAGCUCGUUGCUACUCUUCCUUGACCGCAGGUGCCUGUUCGACAAUUCUGACAAACCCGAUAUGGGUCAUCAAGACCCGAUUCAUGACACAAAGUGCGAAAGCUGCUAGUGACGGCAUGCGUGCGCCCUACUAUUACACUUCAACGUUUGAUGCUGCACGCAAAAUGUACCGCAGUGAAGGCAUCAGGUCGUUCUAUUCGGGCCUGACACCUGCCCUGUUGGGCCUGACGCAUGUUGCGGUACAAUUUCCCUUGUACGAAUACUUCAAGAUGAAAUUCACCGGCUUCGGCAUAGGUGAACAUCCAGUGGAAGACAGUAGCGCAAACUGGAUUGGCAUCUCAGCUGCCACCUUUCUGAGCAAGGUCUGCGCCAGCACGGCGACAUACCCUCACGAAGUGCUACGUACUCGGCUUCAGACUCAACAACGCAAAUCUGGGAUUACAACCUCGGAUGGCCUCGCAGCCAAAGCACGUUACACCGGCAUUCUUCACAUGUGCAAGGUCAUUCUGAAAGAAGAAGGAUGGCGAGCGUUCUACGCAGGUAUUGGCACGAAUCUUAUCCGAGCUGUCCCAGCCGCCAUGACGACGAUGCUCACCUAUGAGUGGCUGCAGAGCCUCAUCCACCGUUCACAAGAUAGAGGUGGACAGUUGAAGAAGGAACGCCACGAACAAGGGACAUAAGCCCAUACAUACUCUGUUUUAACGCACGACUGGAUCAUUUGCAAGGUGUUGGAGGAGUUUUCGGAGCAUUCUACCACCCGCUCCGGCGUGAUGGCAAUGCCCAGCCCCUUGGGAAAUUGCGCUUUGCAUGAACACCAGAUACCAUGACCAUGCCUUUCCCUGCCAAGGUUGAUCAUUGCGUACUGCCAACGAAUAUUGAUACUCGGCGCCAGCGUGUAAUUCGCACUUGACUUAAGAAAGUUCUUCCACUCAAAUCGCCGCAGUGGAUGCCAGGCGAAGCACACAACCAGGUUCUCAUCACUUUGACUCACACCACACCAAGAUGAGGUCGUUAGGAGGCGAGCGUCGCCUUCAAUGGGGAGAAAAUCGGGCGCAUAUCUGAUCACGGGUAGGACGACGCUGAAGGAGCUGGAAGCAGAGCUAGGAAGCCCAAUUCUAGAUGCGAGAACAACCCACUGGGCUGCAUGAACAAUAUUAUGAUGUAGCUGUUGCUAGCAGCCGAACCGAAUUGAAGGGGCUUUGUGCUGCGUGGUUUUUUGACUCGCAUGGAUUGAAAUACAUAUUUUGAACGACGUACAAUGAGC